AGUAGAUUCCAAGGUUUACGCCCACUUUUCAUCUCCGCGCGUUAGACUGCGCGUAGAUUGUGGUAGAUAAGAGCAUAUAAUAUGAUGCGCUCCCCUUCUCUGUUGGAUUUGAGGUUUGUAGGCUCUCAGAUUUGGAACUAAUUUCCUCGGUGACGAGGUCAGAGAAGACUAUCUUCAUAUUAGAGGUAGCUUCUCCAGCACGAUGAAGACGACGAUGUCACUUCUCCAACGGGCUGUGGCCACCCUUCUCACGAUCACCAGUGUCUCAGCUCAGACAAUUGCCCAGAUUAACGGUGACCGCUUCUUAUCGGCGCUCAAUGGCCAGAGCGUGAGUAAUGUGACGGGAAUCGUGACAGCGAAGGGGCCCGACGGCAUCUGGAUUCGAUCUAUAAAGCCAGGACACGAUAAGCGCGUCUCGAACGGCCUGUAUGUGUACGGGUCAGCACUCGCCAAGAAUACUAGUAUUAGUGUUGGGGACGUUAUUGUUGUGGACGGCAAAGUAAGCGAGUAUCGCUCUAACAAGAAUUAUCUGUACAUGACAGAGCUCGCGUCGCCGAAAGUAGCAGCGAUUCUAGAGCACGGGAAGAAUGUCGAUCCAAUCGUAAUCGGCAAAGGGGGCCUCUGUCCACCCACGAGAGAAUAUUCCGGUCUAGAUAAGGGGGAUGUGUUUGCGGUGCCUAACAACCAGAGCUUGGUUUCGGUCGAGAAUCCUCAACUAGAACCGGAAUUAUAUGGCUUGGACUUCUGGGAGAGUCUGAUGGGUGAAUUGGUCACAAUUGAGAACCCCCGUGCUGUAGGGCGCCCGAAUCAAUACGGUGACACUUGGGUCGUUGGAGACUGGAGAACUACAGGAGAUAAUGAUCGAACCGGUCUUACAGUUUCCUCCGGAGACGGCAACCCAGAGGCCAUAAUAAUCGGCAGCCCGCUCGAUGGUUCGGAUAACCCGACGGACACACGGCUAGGCGACCACCUCGAAACCAUCACCGGCGUCGUGUUCCAAGCCUUCGGGUUCUACCGCAUCUUACCUCUAACAAACAUAUCCAUCAUCCAAUCCCUAGCCCCAGAAGUCCCGGGACCAACCUCCCUCCUCAGCGACGGCACAUGCGGCGGCAUCACAAUCGGCAGCUACAACAUCGAGAACUUCCACGCGGGGGACACCGCGCACGUCCAGGCCGUCGCAAAGCACAUCGUCGAGUUCCUGCACACCCCAGACCUCCUCGCCAUCCAAGAAAUCCAAGACGACAGCGGCCCCACCGACGACGGCGUCGUAGACUCAGACAAGACCCUCGACGCGCUCGUCGCAGCCAUCAGCAGCACCAGCAGCGUCGCCUACAACUACACCUACAUCAGCCCCCUAAACGACAUCUCCGGCGGCGCCCCCGGCGCCAACAUCCGCGUCGCGUACCUCUACCGCGCAUCCGUCCUGCAACUCCGUAACCCGGAAAAAGGGAACGCGACAGCGGCAAACGAGGUCUUGCCCGGUCCGGAGUUGAGAUAUAACCCGGGCUACGUGGACCCCGCGAACGCGGCGUGGACCGAUAGCAGGAGGCCGUUGGCGGCGGCGUGGGAGAUGGUGGGAGGCGAGGGAAGGACCCUGUUUACGGUCAAUGUGCAUUGGACUUCGAAGGGCGGGAGCACGUCGUUGCAUGGCGAUGCGAGACCGCCUGUUAAUGGGGGCGUGGGGGGGAGACGGGAGCAGGGGGUGGUUACGGCUACCUUCAUCGCCGCCCUCCUCGCCAGCGAUCCCGCCGCACACAUCGCCGUCCUAGGGGACUUCAACGAAUUCGCCUUCGCCCAGCCCAUCGCCGACUUCGCGCGUCUCUCCGGCCUCGAGGACCUCGAUGUCGUCGCUGGCGUUGCGGAACAGGAGCGGUAUACGUAUCUCUACGAUAUGAAUUCCCAGGAACUGGACCAUGUGUUCGUAAGCCCGGCGUUGGCGGCGCGGACGAAAGGGUUCGAGCAUGUUCAUGUAAAUACUUGGGUUGCGUAUGGGGAUAUGACUUCGGAUCAUGAUCCUAGUGUUGGGAUGUUUGAUAUUUGCUAGGCUACUGGGUAGAUGGGUUAGGGGAAGGGGGUAAUGUGGUUGGGGGAUUUUGUAUACUGUUGGUGUUACUUGAGUUAUGUGACACGAAGUAAUGGUAAAGGGUAUAUUGACGAGUAUACUGGUAACUCAUCUAGGGUCUAUACUAGGUACGUAUUCCUAUAGUAUUGGAAUGUACCCCAUCCUAAGACUAUUCCAGCCCCUGUUCUUGAACCCCUAAUUCGCUAUAGGGUCGUCAGUUUAAAGGAAUGCUAGGAAUAUAUCCAUGAAUGCAACUACAUACAUGCUCUCCAUCACAACGAGCAUAUAGGCUAUGAAGAGUGCCGUUGGACAUAUAAAAAAAACUCUUUAUCCGCGCCAUCAUCCCUAGCCGCGCCGUUUACGGAUUUUGGCGGCGGUUA